AUGAGUCUUAAGGCACUGGUAGCAACGGCUGUCGCCUUGCUUUUAUAUAGUAUUUGUCUUGUUGUGUAUCGCUUGUUCUUUCAUCCUUUGGCGAAAUACCCCGGUCCCCGCCUCGCAGCGAUCACACAUUGGUAUGCAGCCUAUCACGCGUGGAGGGGGGACUUGCAUAUCAACAGCCGCGAGUGGCAUGAUCGCUAUGGAGACAUCGUACGAUUUGCUCCAAAUGCACUCACCUUCAACACCGACACCGGAAUGGAUGCCAUCUAUGGCGUCCGCGCAAACGUUGUCAAGUCAGAAGGCUACAGUUCACUAAGCGCUAGUCGACAGACCCCCAACACCCUCACAGCGACCGACAAAACCACGCACGGUUUCAAACGCCGUAUUUUGGCCCAGGUCUUUUCCACCGAGGGAAUCAAGUCAAUUGAAGAGCGUCUCUUGGUCAAUGUGCGCGACUUCGUUGACUUGCUCGGAAGGGAAGGAAAUGAAUUUGGGAUUGUCAAGCCUGGUGUCGACACCGACGAUGGAGGCUGGACACAAACUAAACACCUGGCACCGAUGUGCGACUGGGUAACAUUCGAUGUGAUCAGUGAUCUCUGUUACGGAAAAGACUUUGACAUGCUGCACAAUUCGGAUAUGCGGUGGUUCCCAUCAGUGGUGCUCAAGAUUACACAGCGCAGCAUGACGACCCUCGUCCAGUCGAAAUUCUGUAACCUGAAGAUUGACCAAUUCUUCAUGUCUUCGAAGUUCAAGGAUAUUGUCAAUGCCGGAGAUCGAAUUGGCGAGCGUUCAAAGGCUCGCCAACGUCUCGGAAAUGAUAUUGAACAGAAGGAUCUCUUUUGGCAUAUGAUGAACACCGCAGACCCUAAGACAGGGCUUCACUUCACUUCGAAAGACCUGUGGGUGGAAUCGAUGCUUUUGAUGACUGCUGGUAAGGUUGAAACACCUUUUUCUUCACGCAAGGUGUUAACUCGAGUUUUUGGCAAUUUAGGCGCCGACACUACAGCCACAGCAAUGAGUGGAACAUUUUUCCAUCUGGCCCAUAAACCCGAUCUCCUCUCUCGCCUGGUAUCCGAGCUUCGCAAUACUUUUGCCGAAGAAGAAGAUAUCCACAUGGGUCCAAAGCUGGACUCCUGUGAGCUCCUUCAAGCCUGCAUCAACGAGACAAUGCGACUCGCUCCCUCCGUUGCUACCACGAUCCCACGUACGGUGCUCAAAGGAGGUCUGAUGGUUGAUGGUCAAUUCAUCCCCGAAGGAACCAUGGUCGGAACAACGACCUAUGCGGUCCACAGAAACCCGAACUACUUCAAAUCUCCCGAUGAAUUCUUCCCAGACAGAUGGAUCGCCAACCCAGAACUUGGAGUUGACGAACAAAGUAUCAAGACUGCCAAGCAGGCCUUUGUUCCAUUCAGCUCUGGAGCUCGGUCCUGCGUUGGGUGGAAACUCGCGUGGGCGGAGCUGAAUGUGACUAUUGCCAGAACGCUGUUCCGCUACGAUAUGCGGUUGGCGCCCGAUGCUCGCUGCUGCGCUGGAAAGCGGACUGACUGCGAUUUCAAGCUGAAAGGCUGGGUGACAUCAGCGGUAGAGGGGCCGUGGGUACAGUUUAAAUCUCGAUCUUGA